UGUUGUUAGCAUCUUAUAUCUUUAUAAGCAAUCAUGUUUGCUUGAAAAAAAAGCUCGCUUGAGAAAUUGCCCAGCGAGAUUCAGUGUUUCACAUAUGUUGAUGUGAGUGGAUGAGAAGAGAACAAGAAAAUCAACAGCAUAGCCUUGUAUAGAGCAAAUUGCCGGGAUUUUCUUUAUGUACAUGUGCUACAGACCGUGGCGAAGACCGUGCUGUAUCUAAAUAAUCAUGAAUAAUGGUGACGGAGCAAGCGAGGGGGAAUGGGUGAUAGCUGAAGCACCAGCUCGCGUUGAUAUGUCUGGAGGAUGGAGCGAUACCCCGCCCAUUACGAACGAACACGGCGGAGUCGUCACCAAUGUCGCUGUGAAAGUGGAUGGAAUUAGGCCUAUUGGAGCAAAGAUCCGUAAAAUUCCAGAAUUCGAGUUGCUCAUUGUUGUGGAAAAUUCAAGAGAAGACGGUCCGAAAAUUUUGAGAUGCAAAACUUUCGACGACAUGAAGGAUUAUUGCAAUCCAGCCGCACCAGGAGCACUUAUCAAGGCAGCGUUUCUUUGCACAAACACGGUGGUGCUUCUCUCGAGCCAGUCCCUCGCAGAACAACUAAAAGAGAAACACGGUUGUGGUUUUGAAAUCCGCACAUGGUCACAUCUCCACUUCGGUUCUGGCAUGGGUACGAGUAGCAUACUAGCCGGCGUUGUUUGUGCGGCUAUAUGGAGGAUUAUGUCGCGUAGCUAUGACGACCGAGAAUUGUUACAUCUCGUAAUGAAGGUCGAGAAGAUGCUCACGAUAGGCGGUGGGUGGCAAGACCAAGUCGGUGGGAUUGUUCCCGGGGUGAAAAUGACAAGGUCCCCUGCUAGAGAACCUUUAGAAAUUCUGCCAGAAAUUCUGGAUGUUUGCGAGGAAACGCUGAUGAAGGUUAUCACAAAUAUGGCGCUAAUUUAUACGGGGAAAACAAGAUUAGCGAAGGAUAUUCUUCAGAUCGUCAUCGCUCGCUGGCGUGCAAGAACCCCAGAGAUCGUAAACAAUGUUCACAACCUCACGAAAAAUGCCGAGCAAUGCGCCGAAGCUUGGGUGGAAGGUGAUCUUAAAAAGAUGGGUCAUUGUUUGAAUGUUUAUAGAGAACAAAAGAAGAUCAUGGCGCCAGGUAGUGAGACAGAGGAGAUAUGCGAGAUAAUUAACAGCAUCACACCAUUUACACACGGUUGCUGUUUUGCCGGCGCGGGGGGUGGCGGAUAUUUAUUAGUGAUAACUAAAGAACCAAACAUUCACACGAAGAUUGAAAAAAUCUUACAAGACAUAGCGAAGGGAAAUAAUUCAUAUACGGUGCACAGAAUCGAGGUGGACACAGAAGGUCUCACUGUAAAAUAAACGUCACCUGAACUGCAUAACGCGCUACAGAACGAGCAUGCAAAAAAAUACAUAGCCCAGUUUCAAACGUCAAACUUUUCUUGUGUUAAACCUAAUCUUAAUGAAAAAUAAAACCUUUGUUUAAGUUCAUUUGCAUUCGAUUCGGUACAUGAAAAGUUCGACGUCUGAAACGGGACUUACAGUUUUAUAUUAAUAGCGCUUCACACUAGUACUAAUAAAUACGAGGCAUUUUAUAUUCCUUUAUUAUAUACACGCUAUUCUCACCGUCCUCAUAUUAAAUCCGUGAGGAAAUCUGGGGAAAUUUGUACACCGACUCAUCUAUCAUGGACAAUUGGAAUUCAUUGCGCUCACGGCAGACAGGGGCUACGUGAUGAAUCAUGAACAUUUGAGUUCUUUCAUAUCAUAUUUCUCUCAUAAUCUUCGCUCUGCGUGUUAAGAUUUGACUAAUCCCAGCCCAGCACGGGUCAUUUUGGAAGAUAAAAUUUUGAUAACACAAACUAUUCAUAUAUUCAAUAAAACACAUUUUUA